UGCACUCUCCAUCCUCUCCUCUCUUCCUGUCCUGCUCCUGCCCGCUUCUCUGUAUCAUCUGCUCAAAAUGAGUGCAGUGAGCAGAAAAAAAAGGGUGGAACACCAAUCCGAGCAUCCAACGCUUCCUCAUCCACUGUAUAUAAAACCCCCAUUGCUGGCUCCAUCCAUCCAUCGGUCUCACUUCCCCUGUUCCUGAUAGGCGUCCUGAUGCAGGGCGAUCCAGGGUUCGGGUACGGCGGUUAUGGCUACGGCGGCGCCGGCUACGACAUGGCCGGGUACGGCUCCAGUGGAGGAUACUACACGAGCGACCCGUACCCUGCUGCUUAUGAAGACCCACUUGCUGGUCGGAGGCAGCACGACUUCCCGGCGCCGCUCACUGGCCUCGAGUUCCAGCCGUCGGAAACCUGCCCCAAGAACUACGUCAUCUUCGACCAGACCUACGACCGGAGCCGUGUCAUGUUCCACCCGUCCCUGGCUAACAACUUGGGCAUCUCCGGCGGCUAUGACCACCACUGCUACGGCUUCGACCAGGACUACGCCGGCAAGAGCGCCUACUACGGUGUCGAGGACGGCGACCGUGGGUGCUCGAUCCGGCAGAAGGAGGACACCGACGAGAUCGACGCGCUGAUGAGCACGGAGGACGGCGAGGAGGAGGACGACGUGCUGAGCACGGGUCGCACGCCAGGGUGCCGAGCCGGGGGUUCGCCGGACUCCACGUGCUCGUCCGGAUACGGGGUGAGCACCGGCGCGUCGAGGUCCGAUUGCGGCGGCGGCCGGAAGCCCGAGGCCGGAGGCGAGAGGAAGAAGGAGCGGAUGAAGAAGAUGAUGCGGACGCUCAAGGGGAUCAUCCCCGGCGGCGACAGGAUGGACACGCCCGCCGUCCUCGACGAGGCUGUCAGGUACCUCAAGUCCCUCAAGGUGGAGGUCAAGAAGCUCGGCGUGCGUGGCUCAAGCAGCUAGGCGACAUCGACACACUGGCCUCAAGGCCAGUCAAAAAUCUCUCUCCUGGCAGGUGCUGCCGACACCGGUGCUAGGGGCGUCAAUCAACGGGGAGCGGUCCGAACGACGCAUUACUGGAGAAUUUUGUACACCGCAUUCACGGUGGCUUCCGGUGUUCUUAAUACAGCAAGCAAAUAGCGGAGCAGCAACAAGAUCUAGCCAACAAAGAUGAGCUCAUGAGAACAUAUGAUUCAUCGGUUUCCACUUUUUAGAUAAUGAAUUAAAUUACAACGCAGCCUCUAAAUCCUAAACUGAUGUAUGUGUCAACAGAAAA